UACAUCCAACAAGAAACCACUAUCCAUCCAUCCUAAUUCCUAACUAUUGGAAGAACAUCACUCAGACACUCAAGUCAGCAAAAGUCAACUAUGGAUGAUACAGAACUAGAAACCAAAUUACUUGAUACCAAUAACAACAACAACAAUCAUCAUCAAAAAGGUGGUUUGGGAACCAUGCCUUUCAUUAUAGUAAAUGAAGCAUUUAGAGACUGGCAAGUACUGCAUUGAUGCCCAACAUGAUAUUUUAUCUGAUGGAGUUUUAUCAUAUGGAAGUUGUAACUGGAACAAGUCUACUUUCAAUUUGGUCGGCACUUUCAAAUGGUCUUUCUAUUUUUGGUGCUUUUGUCUCGGAUUCUUAUCUGGGUCGGUUUCGGGUUAUUGCUAUCUGGUCUUUCUCCACUCUUCUUGGGAUGACUUGUCUAUGGUUAACUUCCAUUGUUCCACAAUUAACGCCUUCAUCUUGCGAAGAUGCCAACACGAAUUGCAGUAUUGCAUCACCAACUCAACUUGCCUUUCUCUUGUCUUCUUUCGGGCUAGUCUCAAUCGGGUCAGGUUGCAUCAGACCGUGUUCAAUAGCCUUUGGUGCAGACCAACUCAAACACGACCCAACCCUAAACAACCAGAGGGUCCUUGAAAGCUACUUUAACUAGUACUAUGCCUCUGUAUCAAUUUCAAGCAUGAUUGCUUUGACUGUUAUGGUCUACAUCCAAGACCAACUUGGUUGGCUGGUGGGCUUUGCGGCUCCUGCGUUGGUACUGGGUUCAUUCAAGUUUUAGUCAUUGCUUUUAAGAAUCGUAAGAUCAUUCUUCGCCAUGAUAGCUGCUACAAUCAUAGCAAUGUAAUGGAACGAGUUGAGCUAACAGAAAAUUUAAGGUUUCUCAACAAAGCAUGUGUUGUUAACGAUUUAAACGUUGAUUCUCCCGGCUUGGACUCCUGGAGUGUCUCCACUGUGGAAAAGGUGGAAUCACUCAUCGUUUAUUCGGAUAAUACCUAUAUGGUCUUCGGGUAUUUUAGUAUUCACAUCAAUGUCACAGACCUUUCCAACCCUUCAAGCGAAAACAAUGAACCGGCAUAUCACUUCAGGGUUUGAGAUUCCAGCUGGAUCAUACACCUUGUUCAUGAUCUUGACACUUACUAUAUGGAUCGCAUUUUAUGACCGAGUCUUGGUCCCAUUUCUAGUAAAUUAUACAAACCAGUCAUGUGGGCUCCUCCCAACAACCCGAAUGGGAAUCGGACUCCUAAUUGCAGUCGUGGCCUUAAUGGUAUCUGCAAUUGUGGAAACUGUAAGGCUCAAUGUGGCAAUGUCAGUUAAUGACCAGCAUUCAACAGUUGACAUACGGUUUAGCUGAGGCGUUUAACACAAUCGGGCAGAUGGAGUUUUAUUAUUCUGAGUUCCCAAAAAGCAUGUCAAGUAUAGCUAUUGCUGUGUUCAUGGUGAGCAAUGCGUUUUCUGGACUUCUUGGAAGCCUUAUAAUUAAGGUUGUGGACUUACUUACGAGCCAAGGGGGUAGAGUAAGUUGGCUAUCAAGUGAUAUAAAUGUGGAUUACUACUAUUGGUUUCUUAGUAUCUUGAAUUUGCUCAAUUUUUUCUACUACUUAAUCUGCUGUCAUGUUUAUCGGAGUAGUUUGUCGACAAUAAGUAUGGCGUCCGAUGAGCUUGCCGAAGAAGGAUCUGAUUGUAGGCAUUGAAAUAUACUACUUAAUUGAAAUCCACAUGGCCAGACACCAUAGAACCAAUAGUAUACAUGACAAUAAGUGUGUUGUGCUUUUUCAGGAGCAUCUUUUAAUUGGAUUUCUGCAAUGCCAGUUGCGCUUUCGGUUGGAUCUCUUUGUGUUUCGUCAAAUCCAUCAAGCCAUGUCUUUAAAGUCGAUCAAGCUGAGGAAAACACUGAUCGUUGAUGGAGGAACACUUGAAUCAUGAAAAACCGAACAUCGAUACAGGAUUACAAACUAAGUUACUUGAUAACGAUAAUCAUGAUCAUCGUAAGGGUGGUUUGAGAACCAUGCCUUUUAUCAUAGUGAAUGAAGCAUUUGAAAGAGUGGCUAGUUUUGGAUUGAGGCCAAACAUGAUAUUUUACCUCAUGGAAGUUUAUCAUAUGGACGCUGCAACCGGAACAAGCAUACUUUCGGUCUGGGCUGCACUUUCUGAUGGUCUUACGAUUUUUGGUGCUUUUGUCUCGGAUUCUUACUUUGGUCGGUUUUGGGUCAUUGUUAUCGGGUCACUCUUCACCCUUCUUGGGAUGACUUUCAUAUGGUUAUCUUCCAUGCUUCCACAACUAACACCUUCAUCUUGCAAUGAACUCGGCAUGAGUUGCAGCCAACCAUCAUUAACUCAACUUGCUUUUAUAUUCUUAUCUCUCGGGGUGCUUUCAUUUGGAUCUGGUUGCAUCAGACCGUGUUCGAUAGCAUUUGGUGCAGACCAACUCAUACACCAUCCUGCCUACAACAAUCAGAGGCUGAUUGAUAGCUACUUUAACUGGUACUAUGCUUGUGUAUCAAGUUCGUCGAUCGUUGCUUUGACUCUUAUUGUCUACAUUCAAGACAAAUAUGGUUGGCAGGUGGGGUUUGCGGUUCCUGCUUUGUUGAUGGUCUGUUCCGCUCUUAUGUUCUUACUUGGGUCGUCUCUAUAUGUUAAAGUCAAAGUUAGAGAAAGCCCGUUUCUAAGGUCCAUUCAAGUUUUAGUCAUUGCUUUUAAGAAGCGUAAGAUCAGUCUUUUGGAUGAUGACUUCUAUAAUCAUAGCAAAAGAGUGGAUCGAGUUGAGCUGACCAACAACUUAAGGUUUCUCAACAAAGCGUGUGUUAUUGAGGAUUUGAGCCUGGAAUCUUCAAGCUUUGAUCCAUGGAGCAUCUCUACAGUUGAAAAUGUGGAAUCACUCAAAUCGCUAAUUCGGAUAAUACCUAUGUGGUCUACAGGUAUUUUAAUAUACAUGACAACUUCACAGAGCUUCCCGACACUCCAAGCGAAGACAAUGAAUCGUCAUAUCACCUCAGGGUUCGAGAUACCAGCUGCAUCAUUUAGCUUGUUCAUGGUUGUGGUACUUACUAUAUGGAUAUUAUUUUAUGACCGAUUCAUGGUCCCAUUUGUAGCAAGAUAUACAAACGAGCCACGUGGGCUCCACCCAAAAACCCGAAUGGGAAUCGGGAUACUGAUCUCAAUUGUGGCCAUGAUGGUAUCCGCAGAAGUAGAAACAGUAAGGCGCCUUGUGGCAAGGUCUGUCUACAACCCAAAUUCAACAGUUGACAUGUCAGCCAUGUGGUUAGUUCUACAAUAUGCAUUAUAUGGUUUGGCUGAGGCGUUUAAUGCAAUUGGGCAGAUAGAGUUUUAUUAUUCUGAGAUCCCUCAAAGUAUGUCGAGUAUAGUAAUGGCUUUGUUUAUUUUGAGCAAUGCGAUUUCCGGGCUUGUUGGAAGCUUUUUGAUAAACGUCGUGGACUCAAUUACGAGUGAAGGAGGUCAAGCUAGUUGGUUAUCGAGUGAUAUUAAUGAGGGUCACCUUGACUACUACUACUGGUUACUUUGUUUCUUAAAUCUUCUCAACUUUUUCUACUACUUAGCAUGCUGUUGUGUUCAUCGGAGUUCUUCAUCGUCCGAAAGCAGGGUGUCCCGUGAGCCUGGAGAAGUAGGAUCUGAUCGUAGGCGUUGACGCUCAAUGUCUUCAAGUUUUAGCUGUGGACAAUUAAUUGAAAUCGUGUUCGCUAUCCAUAUAGAAACAGCUAUUCUGGUAGGUUAGCUUGAUAUAUGGUGUUUUAGAGGUGGCAAUUUGGACUUGUUUACUUUGCGGGAUUCAUUCGGCUUCAUAUUAUCUUGCUAGUGUUGAAAGGGCAAUUUGAGAAAAAAAAAAGAAAAGAAAAGAAAAGAACAGGUUAAAGGAAAUUGGUCAAAUGGGUCAAAUUGGUUUAAUGGGUGUCGAAUUGGCCAAACAACUAAAGUGGAUCAACAAGGCCAAAUUGUUUGAACCCGUCAAGCUGCUAUGUACUUUUAUGAAUCUCUUAUUCGAGUAUCUCAAGACAUCGGGCUAAGUUGUACCCCCCCUUCGGGUUUCUCAUAUAUGGAUGCUUGUGUGCUUCUUCACAAGCUCUUAAUUUGUCUUGCUUCCUACGAGUAUUUUACAGUUUUAGUAAUAAAACCCAAACCAAGCAAUUUGUUUUGGCAGUGACACAACAA